GCGAAAAUGAAGGGUCUUCUAAAAAGUUUAAAAUACAUUUCCCAUAUGUUUGAUGAAAAAGAGCCAGAAAUGCAAAUAGGGCUUCCCACGGAUGUAAAGCAUGUUGCUCAUAUUGGUAUGGAUGGUCCUUCUGCCAAUAAGCCUAGCUGGAUGAAUGAGUUCAAUUCAGCUCCAGAGCUCUCAUCAAUGCCUCUAAAUGGUAAUCCACAAGUGACGCUUUCGGCUGCAGGAAAUGGUGACUCAUUGCCACCUCUUGGCAAUGAGAAGCAAAAGAAGUCAAGGCGCAAACAAUCAGUAGGCAAUGGCUCACCUGUAGGUUCUCCAAAAGACGCCGAGAAGCAAUCUCGGCGCCAUCGUUCAUCAAACCUUUCGAUGGAAUCCCCUGGUCGAGAUCCAUCUUCCCAUGGAAGGAGGCACAGGAAUUCAAGUCGUGGCACUCAUGAAUCAUCGUCACAAGAGUUACCUGACAUCCCAAAAAAAUCACGACGAAAGAAAUUAAAGGAAUCAUCCGGCGGAUCAGAGGGAUCUACAUCAUCAACAAUAUCAAAAUGUUCUAAUUCUUUGCCUGAUAUCAUUGAGCUUGAAUCUCAAGCAGAUAUGGAAGCUUCAGAGGAAUAG